CCAUGAUGUAUGGUUUCUCCCCAUUCAGUCCACUCAUGCGCGGGUGCCGGGAAGGCUGUCCCCUGGAUCCAGCAGGUUCUGAUAUGAUCGGUCCGGUGCUCAUCCUGCCGGCUACCUGCGUUCAACCAAAGCCACGUGUCCCCGAAAGGAAAGGUGAGUUACGCGCCAGACGAGAUGAGGAUGGAUGGGGUAGUCCUCUCCAAGACCUGCGAGUUGCUUCAAUGGACGUCCAUCUCCAACCAUUAUUCCAGACCGGAGAUUCCCGCCAUGGCACUGGCGCCUAAGGAAUCGCCGGUUUGCUCGGGGAGGCCGUCUUGUUCUGGAAUUCGGUUAGUGCCUUUCGCGCCAGAUUUUCAUACUGGACUUCCUUUCGGCGUCCGCGAGGGAUUUGGCCCUAUGGAACGGCCUUCUGACCGGCGUGUCAUCGAGGCCCC